AUGUACCAGGAGGUGGCUUUUCUCGCUGGGAGCACAGAGCAUCAGUUCACCUCCUUCCACUUUAAUCAAGUGGAGAACCGUCAGGAGGUGAGCUCUGAAAAGGGCCUCUUCUACAAGCGCGCUCAGCUGCUGCUGCAGCCUCAGCCGCGACUGGCGGUGGGAGAUGAGAGGGCGGCUAUGAUUAACGUGGGGGGCAUUAAGUACCGAAUCCCCUGGAGCACGCUGGAGGAGUUCCCCCUGACGCGGCUGGGAAAGCUGCGCAGCUGCAGCAGCGAGCAGGAGAUCAUGGACCUGUGUGACGACUAUGACGGCAGCAGACAGGAGUACUUCUUCGACAGGAGCCCGUCCGCCUUCAGGACCAUCGUCACCUUCCUGUCUGCGGGAAAACUGCGUCUGCUCCGAGAGAUGUGUGCGCUGUCCUUCCAGGAGGAGCUGCUGUACUGGGGCGUGGAGGAGAACAACCUGGACUGGUGCUGUCUGCGCAAACUUCGCCUGCGCCAGGAGGAGUACAGGGAGCAGCUGCGGCUGGAGGAGGAGGAGGCCGAGCUCACGGCGCCCCCUUCCUGUGAGGAGGCACAUGUGCCUGGAACAGACUCUGAGGACAGUCAGUCCCCCACCUGCAUGAGGAGGCUCAGGGACAUGGUGGAGAACCCCCACUCAGGAAUCCCAGGGAAGAUCUUUGCUUGUUUGUCCGUCAUCUUUGUAGCCAUCACCGCGGUGACGCUGUGUGUCAGCACCAUGCCCGACCUCAGAGCAGAGGAGGAGCGGGGUGAAUGCUCCCAGAAGUGCCAUAACAUCUUUGUGCUGGAGACUGUGUGUGUGGCGUGGUUCUCUUUGGAGUUCUUGCUUCGCUUCAUCCAGACGCCGAGCAAAUGCACGUUUCUGAGAACCCCUUUGAACGUGAUCGACGUGGUGGCCAUCUUGCCGUACUACGUCACGCUGAUCGUAGACUCAUUUUCGGUGGACGGCAAAAAGGGCGGUUCCGGAAACAACUACCUGGAGAAGGUCGGGCUGGUUCUCCGAGUUCUCAGAGCCUUGCGAAUCUUCUACGUCAUGAGGUUGGCGCGUCAUUCCUUGGGACUGCAGACGUUAGGGUUGACGGUCCGCCGAUGCACGAGAGAGUUCGGAUUGCUGCUGUUGUUUCUUUGCGUGGCCAUGGCGCUUUUCUCACCGCUGGUUUUUCUAGCUGAGAGCGAAUUCGGCGCGAAGCAGGAGUUCACAAGCAUCCCGGGAAGUUACUGGUGGGCUGUGAUCUCCAUGACAACGGUCGGUUAUGGAGAUAUGGUACCAAGGAGUAUUCCGGGACAGGUGGUAGCGCUCAGCAGUAUCUUGAGCGGGAUCUUGUUGAUGGCGUUCCCGGUCACGUCAAUCUUUCACACGUUUUCGCGGUCGUACAUCGAGUUGAAGGAGGAGCAGAAUCGAGCGCUCAGGCAAAAGCCGGAUUCGCAAGACUCCACCAAGUCUCAGAACAGUGAGGACUCGCAGGAGACCGACAGCUACCACGGGAUCAUAGAGCCGCAAGUGAUUCACCGGAGGAAGUCCAUGGCCGUGCACAAGGCGGCCGGAACUUAG